AUGUGGUGCGGUCAUUUUGUGUUCCUGAGGUCAGUUCCUGAUUGCGAUGACGAAUACCCCGAUGACGUUUGUGAGCCUUCAGCUGCGUGUACUGAUCCUUCAGCUUCCUCAAGAACACACGAACCACAUAUUGGUGACCAUGGCGAGCAAGAUGCCGUUCUCCCGAAGAAGAGAUCACCAGUGCAUCCGAGGACGGUGCACGGUCAGGAGAGGCCGUAUAAGUAUGUAUAUUGCGAUGACGAAUACCCCGAUGAGGUUGGUGAGCCUUCAGCUGCGUGUACUGAUCCUUCUGCUUCCUCAAGAACACACGAACCACAUAUUGGUGACUAUGGCGAGCAAGAUGCCGUUCUCCUGAAGAAGAGAUCACCAGUGCAUCCGAGGACGGUGCACGGUCAGGAGAGGCCGUAUAAAAAUCAUAGUGGGUGGUUUCGAUCCCCACCCGCCUUCUAUAAAAGAAAGGCCUCAGUGUGCCACGGGCUCUGUUGCUGCUCGGACGUUGUUGACAAGAAAGGUGGAUGCGCGCGUGAUAUGUUGGCUUGCGUGUGGUGUGAGGCAAGUGUCUGCCUUGCUGGUCGAAACGGACUGCCAAUGUGGUGCGGUCAUUCUGUGUUCCUGAGGCCAGUUCCUGAUUGCGAUGACGAAUACCCUGAUGACGUUGGUGAGCCUUCAGCUGCGUGUACUGAUCCUUCAGCUUCCUCAAGAACACACGAACCACAUAUUGGUGACCAUGGCGAGCAAGAUGCCGUUCUCCCGAAGAAGAGAUCACCAGUGCAUCUGAGGACGGUGCACGGUCAGGAGAGGCCGUAUAAGUAUUGUGUGCCUUGCUGGUUGAAACGGACUGCCAAUGUAGUGCGGUCAUGGUGUGUUCCUGAGGCUAGCAACCUUGAGAAGCGGGCCUCGGCAGACGUGCAUCCUGUGCGCGUGGCGGGCGCCGCGCUGUCCCGGAAGAUGUGUUCUUUGAACAAAUCAGACGCAGUCCUGGUUCACGUUACUAACGUGGGAACUUGUACAAGUGCAAAUUGCGAUGACGAAUACCCCGAUGACGUUGGUGAGCCUUCAGCUGCGUGUACUGAUCCUUCUGCUUCUUCAAGAAUACACGAACCACAUAUUGGUGACUAUGGCGAGCAAGAUGCCGGUCUCCUGAAGAAGAGAUCACCAGUGCAUCCGAGGACUGUGCACGGUCAAGAGAGGCCGUAUAUGCAUUGUGUGCCUUGCUGGUUGAAACGGACUGCCAAUGUAGUGCGGUCAUGGUGUGUUCCUGAGGCUAGCAACCUUGAGAAGCGGGCCUCGGCAGACGUGCAUCCUGUGCGCGUGGCGGGCGCCGCGCUGUCCCGGAAGAUGUGUUCUUUGAACAAAUCAGACGCAGUCCUGGUUCACGUUACUAACGUGGGAACUAGUACAAGUGCAAAUUGCGAUGACGAAUACCCCGAUGACGUUGGUGAGCCUUCAGCUGCGUGUACUGAUCCUUCUGCUUCUUCAAGAAUACACGAACCACAUAUUGGUGACUAUGGCGAGCAAGAUGCCGGUCUCCUGAAGAAGAGAUCACCAGUGCAUCCGAGGACUGUGCACGGUCAAGAGAGGCCGUAUAAGCAUGUAUAUUGCGAUGACGAAUACCCCGAUGACGUUGGUGAGCCUUCAGCUGCGUGUACUGAUCCUUCUGCUUCUUCAAGAAUACACGAACCACAUAUUGGUGACUAUGGCGAGCAAGAUGCCGGUCUCCUGAAGAAGAGAUCACCAGUGCAUCCGAGGACUGUGCACGGUCAAGAGAGGCCGUAUAUGCAUGUAUUUGGUGAGCCUUCAACAGCGUGUACUGAUCCUUCUGCUUCCUCAAUAACACACGAACCACAUAUUGGUGACCAUGGCGAGCAAGAUGCCGUUCUCCCGAUGAAGAGAUUACCAGUGCAUCCAAGGACGGUGCACGGUCUGGAGAGGCCGUAUAAGCAUGUAUUUGGUGAGCCUUCAACAGCGUGUACUGAUCCUUCUGCUUCCUCAAUAACACACGAACCACAUAUUGGUGACCAUGGCGAGCAAGAUGCCGUUCUCCCGAUGAAGAGAUUACCAGUGCAUCCAAGGACGGUGCACGGUCUGGAGAGGCCGUAUAAGUAUCUAUUGCGGUCAUGGUUUGUUCCUGAGGCCAACAGACUUGAGAAGUGGGCCUUGGCAGACGUGCAUCCUGUGCGCGUAGCGGGCGCUGACCCGGAAGAUAUGUUCUCUGAACACAUCAGGCGCAGUCCUGGUUCACAUUGCGAUGACGAAUACCCCGAUGACGUUGGUGAGCCUUCAGCUGCGUGUACUGAUCCUUCUGCUUCUUCAAGAUCACACGAACCACAUAUUGGUGACUAUGGCGAGCAAGAUGCCGUUCUCCUGAAGAAGAGAUCACCAGUGCAUCCGAGGACGGUGCACGGUCAGGAGAGGCCGUAUAAGCAUGUAUUGGGUGGUUUCGAUCCCCACCCGCCUUCUAUAAAAGAAAGGCCUCAGUCUGCUUCGGGCUCUGUUGUCGCUCGGACGUUGACAAGAAAGGUGGUUGGUGUCGAGGCCGCAUACUCUGCGUGUACUGAUUCUUCUGCUUCUUCAAGAUCACACGAACCACAUAUUGGUGACUAUGGCGAGCAAGAUGCCGUUCUCCUGAAGAAGAGAUCACCAGUGCAUCCGAGGACGGUGCACGGUCAGGAGAGGCCGUAUAAGCAUGUAUCUGCGUGUACUGAUUCUUCUGCUUCUUCAAGAUCACACGAACCACAUAUUGGUGACUAUGGCGAGCAAGAUGCCGUUCUCCUGAAGAAGAGAUCACCAGUGCAUCCGAGGACGGUGCACGGUCAGGAGAGGCCGUAUAAGCAUGUAUUGGGUGGUUUCGAUCCCCACCCGCCUUCUAUAAAAGAAAGGCCUCAGUCUGCCACGGGCUCUGUUGUCGCUCGGACGUUGACAAGAAAGGUGGUUGGUGUCGAGGCCGCAUACUAUUGCGAUGACGAAUACCCCGAUGAUGUUGGUGAGCCUUCAGCUGCGUGUACUGAUCCUUCUGCUUCCUCAAGAACACACGAACCACAUAUUGGUGACUAUGGCGAGCAAGAUGCCGUUCUCCUGAAGAAGAGAUCACCAGUGCAUCCGAGGACGGUGCACGGUCAGGAGAGGCCGUAUAAGCAUGUAUUGGGUGGUUUCGAUCCCCACCCGCCUUCUAUAAAAGAAAGGCCUCAGUCUGCCACGGGCUCUGUUGUCGCUCGGACGUUGACAAGAAAGGUGGUUGGUGUCGAGGCCGCAUACUCUGCGUGUACUGAUUCUUCUGCUUCUUCAAGAUCACACGAACCACAUAUUGGUGACUAUGGCGAGCAAGAUGCCGUUCUCCUGAAGAAGAGAUCACCAGUGCAUCCGAGGACGGUGCUCGGUCAGGAGAGGCCGUAUAAGCAUGUAUAUUGCGAUGACGAAUACCCCGAUGAUGUUGGUGAGCCUUCAGCUGCGUGUACUGAUCCUUCAGCUUCCUCAAGAACACACGAACCACAUAUUGGUGACCAUGACGAGCAAGAUGCCGUUCUCCCGAAGAAGAGAUCACCAGUGCAUCCGAGGACGGUGCACGGUCAGGAGAGGCCGUAUAGUAUGUAUUGUGUGCCUUGCUGGUUGAAACGGACUGCCAAUGUAGUGCGGUCAUGGUGUGUUCCUGAGGCUAGCAACCUUGAGAAGCGGGCCUCGGCAGACGUGCAUCCUGUGCGCGUGGCGGGCGCUGUCCCGGAAGAUGUGUUCUUUGAACACAUCAGACGCAGUCCUGGUUCUCAUUGCGAUGACGAAUACCCCGAUGAGGUUGGUGAGCCUUCAGCUGCGUGUACUGAUCCUUCUGCUUCUUCAAGAGCUCACGAACCACAUAUUCGUGACUUUGGCGAGCAAGAUGCCGUUCUCCUGAAGAAGAGAUCACCAGUGCAUCCGAGGACGGUGCUCGGUCAGGAGAGGCCGUAUAAGUAUGUAUCAGAAAUCAUAGUGGGUGGUUUCGAUCCCCACCCGCCUUCUAUAAAAGAAAGGCCUCAGUGUGCCACGGGCUCUAUUGCUGCUCGGACGUUGACAAGAAAGGUGGUUGGUGUCGACGCCGCAUACUCUUCCUCAAGAACACACGAACCACAUAUUGGUGACCAUGGCGAGCAAGAUGCCGUUCUCCCGAAGAAGAGAUCACCAGUGCAUCCAAGGACGGUGCACGGUCAGGAGAGGCCGUAUAUGUAUGUAUAUUGCUAUGACGAAUACCCCGAUGAGGUUGGUGAGUCUUCAGCUGCGUGUACUGAUCCUUCUGCUUCUUCAAGAGCUCACGAACCACAUAUUCGUGACUUUGGCGAGCAAGAUGCCGUUCUCCUGAAGAAGAGAUCACCAGUGCAUCCGAGGACGGUGCUCGGUCAGGAGAGGCCGUAUAAGUAUGUAUCAGAAAUCAUAGUGGGUGGUUUCGAUCCCCACCCGCCUUCUAUAAAAGAAAGGCCUCAGUGUGCCACGGGCUCUAUUGCUGCUCGGACGUUGACAAGAAAGGUGGUUGGUGUCGACGCCGCAUACUUUCCUGAUUGCGAUGACGAAUACCCUGAUGACGUUGGUGAGCCUUCAGCUGCGUGUACUGAUCCUUCAGCUUCCUCAAGAACACACGAACCACAUAUUGGUGACCAUGGCGAGCAAGAUGCCGUUCUCCCGAAGAAAUCACCAGUGCAUCCGAGGACGGUGCUCGGUCAGGAGAGGCCGUAUAAGUAUUGUGUGCCUUGCUGGUUGAAACGGACUGCCAAUGUAGUGCGGUCAUGGUGUGUUCCUGAGGCUAGCAACCUUGAGAAGCGGGCUUCGGCAGACGUGCAUCCUGUGCGCGUGGCGGGCGCUGUCCCGGAAGAUGUGUUCUUUGAACACAUCAGACGCAGUCCUGGUUCACGUUACUAA